CACUUGUUUCCAGUUCGUUUACGGUGCAGGUCGUGUUUUGUUUACUCCAGAGCCGGGGCGUUGGUCCAUUCCAGUUAUGAAUUACGUCACAUAGGCGGUUGCUCCGGCUGGGAGAGAGCAAGAAAGGCUUUGACAAUACCGAUCUACGUAUAUACAAUAUAGAGAAAGUAAACGAGCUACCGUUCGACAUGUCUUUGUUUCGCAAUGCAGUGACAUGCUUUAUAUUGUUUUCAACGUUAAUGAAUGCAGUUAUAUCGUUGAAUCCUCAGACGUGUCGUGAAUGUGUAUCACGUAACACCUGCCAUCCGCCAGCGUGCUCUUGCUGCAAUGACAACAUGCCGAUAUUGUCCAGGAAUAAUACUCCACAAAUGGUGUUCUUUACAUUUGACGACGCUAUCACCCCAACGGUAGCGAAUUUCUACAGGGAACUUUUCGAUUCAAACAGAACAAAUCCAAACGGAUGCCCGAUUAAAAUGACACUUUUUGUUUCGCAUGCAAAUACGGUUUACAGUUUAGUCAGAGAGUUUUACAGGAAAGGGAUGGAGAUUGGUGCACACAGUGUCUCUCACGGUCACAUGAAUGAACGGACAUUUAAAUCAGAGGCAAAGUUACAAAAGGAAAAUAUAGCUAGAAUGGCGGGUGUACCGAUGUCGGAAAUUAAAGGAUGGCGCAGUCCAUUUUUGGAGCCUGUCGGAGACACACAGCCAAAAUCUCUCAAUGAACUUGAUUACACGUACGAUGCUACGCUAACAAUAACCAAAAAGGGACUGAAGAAACCUCCAAUACCGUUUACAUUGGACUAUGGAUGGCCGUAUGACUGUAAAAUCAAACCUUGCCCUAUGUCCGCUCACAACGGAUUCUGGGAAGUUCCUGUGAUUUCCGUUAUGGACCACUUAGAACGGUUCGACUGUGUUUAUGUCGAUGGAUGCCAUACACCUCCCCCGAAUGAGGAAACUGCUUUUAAAUUUCUUUGGAAUAAUUUUAAUACAUAUUACAGUGGCAACAGGGCACCGUUUGGUAUGAAUAUGCACGCUUCAUGGUUUUAUUAUCCUGAUCGGCUACGAGCAAUGGACAGGUUCAUUAAGGUCCUUAGCAACCUACCUGAUGUAUAUCUGGUAUCUGUGAGUCAGGUUAUUGAUUGGCUUAAAACGCCAACAGCAUUAUCCGAUAUACAUCACUUUAAACCUUGGGGAUGUAAAAACCCUAAAAAAACAUCACAUCACCACAGACGAUUCCACGCAGAACCGCCCCGUGUCAAAACUUCGCACGGAGCCAGCAGGGCCAAUUCGCUACAUCAACAUAUUGAACAACAGCGAAGACUGCGAGUGCAACAGGCUAAAGUCAACUUUAUGCAGCGACAACAGCAGAGAAAAAAGGCACAGCAGACACUUUUACAACAACGUGGAAUACAGAAUCUGCAGCACGGAGGGACUCAACAAUCAAACACAGUGCAGAAGAAGAAAAACAAAGUGCCUAUUGCUAGUGGUACUCUAGGGUAUCAGCAGUACAUGUGGUUACAGAGACAAAGGGCUAGACCUAGGAUGAAUGCAAGAAAACAGAGUUCCCUUGCCAGUGCAAGGAGAUCACGAAUUUCAUGGCAACAAGCAUUAAGACAUCAGGUCAUGCAUCAUGUGCAACAAAGUGUACCGUCGACGACGCCAAGUGCGUUGUUGGGUGCUUUAAUAAACCGAAAACCCACCAAACCUUCUAAGGAAGUACUUUUAAGGAAAAGGCAAAGGGAACAACUUGAGAAACAAAAGAGACUUUUAAAGGAACGUCAGGAGGCCGAACAAAAGGUUAUAGCAGAAGAAACACGUAUUGCCGUGAAGAAGCGGAAAGAUGCACUAAUUCAUGCAGAGAAAGAAAAACUGUUGAAAUCGAAAGUCAGACGUCCUAACAAAAGCAUUGGCAUGACAACAGCGACACCUGUUCUACAAAAUAUGGUUCACACUAAGAAAGAGCUAAGGGAACUUUUGAGAUUCGCUGAGAGUAAACUCGUUCAAUCUCGUCUUCUGUUUGGCGUGGGAAAACAGCCGGGGUUACAAGAACAGAAACAAACGAUUAGGCCUCUGUCUGAAUUAAAAUCACACAUUACAAGUGAAAAACAACAGGAGAUAGUCACAUCCACAGCAACACCAAUAAAAGUAAAAGCAUCCAAGGUUUCAAAACUUGCCAGACACAACGAAUUUCCAACUGCGAAACAGGACAUAAAUUCACACAAUUUCCUUUUGGAUAGUUUUAAAGAUGUUGUUGGCAAUAAUAAAGAACUAUGGACAUGGGCGAUACCUAAAAAACGACAAAGUAAGAAAGUUAUAAAAUUGCAGUCAACACUACCGCCUAUCAAGGUUGCAACGACAGGUGGGUUUAUCGAUUUCAACCCGACCACCGUAUAUUCGUCACCUCGCACUUCAUCACCUGAAGUGAAGUCCGUUAAAGGAUCAUCUACGAAAGAACAAACUACGGUACAACCUAUUUUCAAAGUCACAUCUUUGAAAUAUUCUUUUCCAGAAGAAGCCACUCUUAUUGAACCUAACAGGGGUUUAGACCGGUCAAUUGCACCAUUGUCAAUGGGUCCUAAACAUACAGAUAUGCCGCCUGUUCUUUCAAGGGAGACAUGCAAGCAAGGAGUUACGUGUAGUUUGCCAGAAUGCAAAUGUUUGUCUUCUACUAUUCCUGGUGGUCUUAAGCCGACCGAAAUUCCACAAAUAAUAUAUAUUACCGUCGAUGGAGAUAUCAACUUUUCGGGUUUUACCAAAAUGCGUUCAAUGUUUUCUCGUAAACGAAAGAAUCCCAAUGGAUGCCCUAUUGGAGGAACAAUGUUUGUGUCACCAAUUCGCUCAAGCGUUCGCCUUGUAGACCGUAUACAUAAGGAUAAUGUCGAAAUUGCUGUACAAGGCAGUAAACCCCGGGAACAACCAAGUGGAAGCAUUUUUUCCUCUGACAUUGACGAAUAUAGAUCGAAAUUAUCGAAAUCUACUACAUUAUUGCCAAACCAAAUCACAGGAUAUAGAGGUCUAGACUUCCAACCGCCAACUGACAACGAAAUGCUUGUGUUACAUAAUAAAUCAAUGUACGAUUCGUCAAUGAUAACUAAGGCAAAAGUGUGGCCAUUCACCCUCGACUACGGAUGGAAAGGAACAUGUAAAAACGUGGCAUGCCCUAUGGAUACUUACGCUGGAGUUUGGGAGGUACCCAUAAUUCCACUUAUAAACAGUAAAGCAAAGGAAAGUUGUAACUAUGCGGAUGGGUGUAAAAGUCAACCCAACACAAAAGAAGAUACCUCGAAGUUUUUACAGGAAAAUUUUAACCGACAUUAUAAAUCAACACGAUCUCCUUUUGGAAUACAUCUCAGUCAAAAAUGGUUCCAUUGGUACUACAAUCAUAAUUUGUCCGGGCUUAACAACUUCUUAAAUCACGUGCUCUUAUUGCCAGAUGUGUAUAUUGUGUCAAUAUCUGACAUGAUUGGUUGGGUUAAGCAACCUACGGCUCUUAAACAUCUAAAGGAAUUCCAACCAUGGCGAUGUUGAUAACACAGAGUGAUAGCUGUUAUAUGACCUUAUCUGAUUAAUAACAUUGAUGCUUCAUCUGAUACCAGCCGGGAUAUAGGAGCGCAUAGCAAAGUCAGACACGGAACAGAGAAAUCAAGAUAUUUCCGAUUAUUUCAUAAUAAACGAAAUAUAAGUAUCAAGCAAUGCUGUUUGCUGUGAAGUGUUCGCCAAAAACUAAUGAAGCAGAUCGAUUUUAUCGUGGACACAAGGUUAGCAAAACAAAUACAUGAACUCAACUGUAUUCGUUGUUGGACCAGAAAACCGGUGAUAUAUAGACUUGACACAUUGAAUCCUCCAUUCUAUAUGAUAAUUUGCCCAAAACAAUAUGUCUUUCGUAAUGUGACUCACAGUCUGGGCAUAAGACAUGGCCGUCGGGCUUUAUCAGCACCUGUGUAGAUAGUCCAAUCUAUCACCAACACCUUGGACGAUAAAUGUAUCGACAUGACAUCUUAACGGUGACGUUAAUGACCGCCAUGUCCUGCUUAUUAGGCAAAGGUCAAGCGUUUAUCAGGAUAUGUCUGACCGUAUGAAGUUUACAUCUAUACUAUGGUCUUUGAUUUCUUUGAUUAGUCAUUUUAAAAGUUAAAGUAACAUAGAGUCAUGCUUCCUGAGAAAGUAUGUAAUUUCUAAAUUCAUCUAAAUUCAUUUUUAUUUUACAAAUAUUUUUUUUGUUCAAUAUAUGCCUGUGUAUUUGAAUGUGAUGUACUUUAAUCUCAAGAAAACAACUGUUUUUUUUACCUCUUCGGUAUAUAUAAAGUACAUUCUGAAUGUGUACUGUUUUAUUAUAUACAUGCUAGUUCUAUCUUUAGUUUACUUUAUUGCAUUGUCCUUUUCACCUAUUAAGAAAGUUAAGAUAAUAACGUCGCUGACUAACUUCCAAUGCAUAUCAUCUAACUUUACGACAUAUCAAAUGGUAAUCUUAUUAGCAGCAGUGCUGCUACAAAUUAAUGGAGUUUAAUUAAUUAAUCUGUAAUGUCUUCAUAGUUUGGUAAAUCAUAAGGGUGAUGGAAUUUGACGCGGUGGAUAUAUAUUUUUUCUUCUGAUUAGCAUAAAUGAUAGAACACAUCGAUCAUCAUGCUAGUUAUUUAUUAAAAUUUUGUUUGCUGUGAAAACGUGAUUCUAAAACACAUUUUCGUACCUCAAGAUAAUCUAUAAUUAAGUUUAAAGAUCAUAAAAGAUAUAAGUUUAACUAUAGACAAAUGUUUAAACAAUCUAUGUUAAUCAUAUCUGACUAGACAAUCUGUCGUUCUUGUCACUAAUGGUAAUACUCAACUAAUGCGGUAACAUUUACGGUGAUAUACAUAAUUACGGUCAUAAGGAAAUUUGUCGACAUUAGCAAUUAUCACGUUAUUGUGUCGAGGAAAAACCAUUGUUGCCAUAUCUUCGACUUGAUUGUAGUUCUUUUUUGCAUGUAAUAAUCACAAUUAUUCUGUUUUUAUUUAUAAGCACAUUUGUUUUGUUCAAAUGGUUUAUGAAUAUCUUAUUAGCACAAUUUUGAAACUUUACUCGUUUUAAAUUUAAAUAUCAACUACUUAAUAUUCCAUUAAAGCAGAUAUACAUUAAGAUGUUUCUACAAAGUAACGAAUAUUCUCUGAUAAGGUUCUCUGGAGUUUCCUCGAUUGACUAUUUAAUUAGUAUUGCGCUUUGCCCUUUUUAUUGUAGAUUUCGCAUUUUUGUUUGCUUGCAUAAAAGAUAUUUGUUAUGCUGAAGUGGAGACACAAAUAAUUUUAUAUCGUUUACGUCAUACACUAUCUUAUUACUUAAAGACAAGUAUAUAACAUGAAAAGAAAAGAUAUUACUAUCUACUAUCUAUUGGAAUAUCUUUUGUCUUAUCAGAUAAGAAUUCCGUUAAUAAUUAUAGCUAUUGAUAAACGUAUGUUGAAUUUUCAAAAAUGUAUAAAACUUUAUAAUUUGGUAGAACGUAAUGUUUUCUCUGAUAUAAAGGUGCUAGGACAACCUCGUUCAUAGUGUAACAAGCCUUGUAUAUAUCAUCAUUCUAAUUUGUUAAGACAAUUAACACAUUAUUACGUGAUACAUCAUUAUCACAGUAUUGAGUACUUAAUCGGCGUACAUAGAUACCAUAUGGAGUUAAAUUCUGACAUGUCAUUAUUUAUUGGUGUUUCAGAUCAUCUUUAUUUAUAACUCUUAAUAACUCUUUCUUUGAGAGAACCAUAAAUAAUUCAUUGGGAUAUAAAAAAAUGAAUUACUCAUGUUUUUGUUAUAUAGAAUGCUGAUAUUUGCCAUACUGUUGGUGAGGAUACACGUGAUUUGGUAAUGAAUAAAAGAUAUGAAAACAA